AUGAAUGAUCGAAACAGCACGAGCCACAUUGCUGCCCAAGGGAAGGUCAGAAACGUACGGGUUUCCCAUAAGAUUGGAAACCCUAUGAACUAUCAUAUACUAAAGGAAACCAUAAUAAACAUUCAGAAAUCUUUCAAGCAAGGGGAAAAUAUUCCCUUGUCAAUCGUUGUGAUAUCUGAUAGAGAGUGGCUCCUUGGAGAUCCAUCAAGGGCAGACAAGCAUUCUGCAUAUUCUCUUCUUCUUGCUGAAAAUAUUUGCAACAAGCUUGGGGUGAAGGUUCAAAAUCUAGUUGCGGAGAUUGUUGACUCGAAAUUGGGCAAACAAAUAACAAGAUUCAAGCCAUCCCUCACUUACAUUGCUGCAGAGGAAGUGAUGAGUCUUGUCACAGCUCAAGUGGCGGAGAACAAUGAAUUGAGCGAGGUCUGGAAAGACCUCCUGAAUGCAGAGGGGGACGAAAUAUAUGUCAAGGAUAUUAGUCUCUACAUGAAGGAGGGGGAGAAUCCAUCAUUCGCUGAGCUCUCUGAAAGAGCACAUCUACGGAGAGAAGUUGUCAUCGGUUAUUUGAAAAACAACAAGAAGGUUAUAAACCCAAUUCCCAAAUAUGAGCCCCUUGGUCUUGAUAUGACAGACUCCUUGAUUGUAAUUUCCGAGCUCGAAGGAGAACAGCCUGUGAUUAUGCAAAAUGCAAUUUAG